AUGUCCCAAGCAUCUACUUCUGACGCUCCUUGGUCCCUUCAAGGCAAGACCGCCGUUGUAACUGGAGCCUCAAGGGGAAUCGGCAAAGCUAUCGCCAUCCACCUAGUCCGCAAAGGUGUCGCCAACAUCGCAAUCACCUACGCAAGCAACAAGGCCGCCGCCGACGAUACCAUUGAGAAGUGUCGUGCCUUGGGCGUCAAGAAUGCAAUUGCGAUCAAGGCCGAUGCUCUCAAGCCGGAAGUCUGGCCUAAUGUCAUCAAGGAAUCCCUCAGCAGUCUCGGCACAGAAACAAUCGACAUUCUCGUCAACAACGCUGUUCUCGCAACCAUAGAAGACUACAAGCCUACAACAGAACUCAGCGUCGAAAGCUUCUCCAGCGUGAUGAUUGCAAACGUCUACUCUCCCGUGGCUACGACGCUGGCCUUCAUGGAGCACGCGCCCAAGACCGGCGGCCGCGUCAUCAACAUUUCGAGCGUCUCCGGAAGGGCCCCGAACAACGACCCGAUGAUCACGUAUGGCGCCAGCAAAGCCGCCCUCGACAGCUUCACCAGGUCCUUCGCCGACUCCUUCGCGUCCAAGCGCGUAAUGACUUUUAACAGCGUCAUCGUUGGGCCGACUGCCACGGACGCCAUGGCAGCAGUUCUUUCCUCGGCGCCCCCUGAAACCAAGCAGUUCUUCAUUGACCAAACUUCUGCCGCUCCGCGAGUGGGAGAGGCUGACGAUAUUGCUUACAUUGUGGGAUUCCUUGCUAGUGAGGAGGGGCGAUGGGUUAAUGGCGCGGCGGUCAGUGCCAAUGGAGGAUUCAGGACUGUUUUGGCGGCGCUUGGUUAG